AUGGCUGAUUUCGAGGCUGAUCUCUUUGAUCUUGCCGGCGGCGACUCCGAUUCGGAGGGGUCGGUCGUCGACGACCGCAGACGCUCCGCGUCGCCAGCAAAGAGAGGCUCCAAGACGAAGAAUUCCAGGCACGAUGCGGAUGGCGAAUCAGAGGAAGAAGGCGAAGCCUUCUCAGGGCCGGGCUCGCCCAACUCGCUAGAUUCGGCGCCCAUGGAUGAAUCAGACUCGGACGAUGAGCAGCCGAGGGCGCGCGGCAGCGGCGGUGCUCGCGGCGGCAGCGACGAAGAAAAGUACCCCGUCGACGGCAAGUUUCGCGACGAGGCGGAGAAGGCGGAGAUCAUGGCGAUGCCCGAGUUGAAGCGCGAGCAGAUCCUGGCCGACCGCGCCAACGAGAUCGAGCGACUGCGGCAGAACCGCCUGCUGCGGCAGAUGGUCACAGACACGCAAAAUGACGAACGCAAGGCCGGCAAGAAGCGCAGCGCCGACAGCGCCGACCUGGAUGGCGACGAGGACGACGAGGACUCCGCGGCCACCCGCGGAAAAUCGUCGCGGCACGGGGCUGGUGGCGGCACGGCCAUGGACGCGCUGCGCCGCGCGAGGGCGGACAGGCAGAAGCGCAGGGAGGACCAUGAGCGGCGCCGGGACGCCUACUCGCCGCGGCGCGACUUGGACGACGAGGCGAGCGAGGACGGUUAUCGGCGCGGCGGCUCCCGCACGCCGGACAAGGAGGAGAAGAAGGACGAGCCGAAGCCGGAGCUGCGCGACUUUGAGAGGGUGCGUCUGGGACGUAACGAGUUUGCCCAGGUAUGCUUCACGCCUGGGUUCGAGUCGGCCAUCACGGGCUGCUUCAUCCGCAUCGCCCUGGGUCCUCAUCCAGAGACGGGCGUGGAGCAGUAUAGAAUGGCCAUCAUCAAGGGCUUUACCACCGGGAGACCUUAUGCGCUGAGUGGUCCCAACGGCACCUUUGUGACGGAUCAAUAUGUCAAGGCUGGGCACGGAAAGGCUAUUAAGGAAUUCCCUUUCAUCGCUGCCUCCAGUGGCAAAUUCACAGAGAAUGAAAUGAACCGCUACCAAAUAACUUGCCACAACGAAAACGUCAAGACGCCGCUCAAAGUCGCCCUGAACAGCAAGGUCGACCAGAUCAACGGCCUCCUCACGCACAACUGGACCAACGAGGAGAUCAAGGCGCGCCUGGCCCGUCGUAAUGAGCUGCGCAAGCGCUUCGACCCGGCCGAGCGCGAGCGCGUCGCGCGGCUGCUCGAAGAGGCCACCGUCGCCGGCGACGAGGAGCGCAUGUCCACGCUGCAGGAGGAGCUGGACAAGCUGGGCACGCAGCGGCUCGCCUUCAAGACGAGCCUUGGCCUGUCCAAGUCGUCCUCGGCGUACGACGGCGGCGCGGCCAAGAUGUCGACGGAGCAGGACCGCCUCGCGGCGCGCAACAAGGAGAACCGCAGGCUGAACCAGGAGGCGGUGCGUCGGGCGCAGCUGCGUGAGAAGGCGAGGGCGCGGGAGAUUGAGAUGUCGCUGAGCCGCGGGGAGAUGGUCCAGGAGGACCCGUCGCGGCGGCUGCGCACAAAGGCCAAGUUUGUGCACGACGUCAACGAAUCGGGCCCGGAGGCGGGGAGCAAGCCGGGGAGCGGGGUCAGCACGCCGACGACGAGUGCGGCGGCAGCGCCGGUGAAUGGAGCUGCCAAGUUGCUGCCGCACUUGGUGAAGCUGCAGGACCGGAAGCAGGCGGAGGACGGCAAGGGCCUGCCGACGAUCCACAAGCCGCUGAUGGACGACGACGUGAUUGGGUCGUUGGAUCUAGAUAUUGAUAUUGAUAUCUAA